AUGAGGCGGAGCCUUUCUUGCUGGGUGCGGUCUCAGCUGUCGCCGCCGCUGGAGCUGGCAGCAGCAGCAGCAGCAGCAGCGGCAUUUUUUGCUGCUGUUCCUGCGGCACUUCGAGAUGCAGCAAACAGCAAACUCAAAGAGGAGAUUGGCUGCAGCUAUCCCGCUGCUGCUUUUGACUGGCAGCAGCUCGAGAGAGCAGCAGGGCCGCUGUAUCUUGCUGCUGCUGCUGCCACUGCGGCAGCGAGCCAGCUGCUGAACCCUGCAGCAGCAGCUGCUGCUGCUGCUGCUCGUAGGGACGCCAGUGGGAAUAAGCAGCAGCAGCUGCUGCAGCAGACGAAGGCGCUGCUGGGCAAGACUGCCGCCACACAACUGGAGGGAAUAGCAGCAGCAGAAGCAGCAGCACAACAAUGCAACAGCAGCAGCAAAGAUGGGGCGGAAAGCGCAGCAGCUGCAGAAGCUAGCGCGGCACGCAGAAGGCAUUUGCUGCUGCAGCAGCAGGGCGCAAGGCCCCUUAAGAGAAGAGCAGCACCAGCCGCAGCAGCAGCAGCAACUCAGAAAAGAGGGCCCCCAUCUUCUUGUUUAGUGGCACUAACAAAUGCAGCAAUAGGGUUUGCUGCUGGCAGCAAGCCAGCACCAGCACCAGCGCCAACAGCAGCAGCAGCAGCUCAGCAGCAGCAGCAGCAGCAGCAGCAAGCGCCCCAAGAUGAAGGCGCGCGCGCCCAGUGCCCCCCAGAGGACACAGCCGAAGGUUCUUCUCAAAGCAGCAGCAGCAGCAGUAACAGCGGCAGCAGCAGCAGCAACAGCAGCAGCAGCAGCAGCAGCAACAGCAGCAGCACCAACAGCAGCAGCAGCAACAGCAGCAGCAGCAGCAGCGAUGUUAGUCGCGAGUCCGCGCGGGACACAGGGCGGCAGCUGCUCCAGAGCCUCAAGGAAGAGCUGCAGGAGGCUUACCCAGCCUUUUGCCUGAUGCUGAAGCAGCUCUCUGCUGUUAGGAAGCCACAGCAGCAGCAGCAGCACCAGCAGCAGCAGCAGCAGCAGUCCAAGGGUCUGCAUAGGGGCAGCAGCAGCAACAGCGGAGCAGCAGCGGCGAGGCAGUACGCGGCGAUCGUUGAGGCGAUGUGCACCGCCUUGCUCGAGCGCCCUGCUGUUGCCGAGCAGCGGCAGCAGCAGCAGCAGCAGCAGCAGCAGAAGCUGGUGAUGCGCGCAGCAACUUGA